GCGAGCUUCUUGAUGAUGUCGGUAAACGUGCUCGGGCUCGGUGUUAAGAUGAAGAACUCUAAAAGUUCCUUAACAAGUUAUGUUCUCCUGGUUGUGUGUAUUGAUGCUGCGGUUGCGCAGUUUAUUGGACAACAGUCGCAAUUUCCUCCAAACGCAGAAAGAGGGACCCAGCUAUCACCGCAACAACAGGGUCAGAUCCUAAGUGACAUCCAGCAGCAUCACAGAUUUAAUGUGCCACAGAGUCAACAAACGUUUCAGCCGCAGCAUUUCGCAAGACAACAAAUUUUUAAUCAAGGAGCAAGUCAAACGUUCCAAAACAAUCCUCAAUUUAUAAAUCAACCACAAGAUUCUUUCGCUCAAGACGAAUCUCCACUGUCCUUGCCACUGCAAUAUAACCAACAACAAAAUCAUGCUACUCAACAGACUGACGUCCUUAGUCAACAAUUUCUAAAUCAGAAUCGCGAACAAUUUGCACAAAAUCAAUUUUUGAGUACUUUGCCACUUGUAAAUUCUUUACCUCAAACGCCACAAUCUUCUCAACUGAAUGUGUACAACCAACAACAACCUUUGUUAACAACGAAUCAACAAGUGCAACCCAAAGUUGAAACUACAAAAAACGCAAACCAUGGCAUUAUACAACAUCAUACACAAACUAAUUUCCAACCAAAUUUUGCGAGCCAAUCAAGAUCUGGACAAAUAUUAAAUCCUAGUCAUACUUUUGGAUCGCAGCAACAGUUCAGUAAACCAAGACCGACCAUAGAUCCAAUUGUUGCUAUAGAAGAGCAAAUCAAGGAGUUGGAUCCAGAAAAACAUAAACAAAAAAUUAGAGAACUGAGAGAAAAACAGGCAAUAAUAGAAAAACAUAAUCAGUUCGUAGAAAGACAAUAUGAAAAAGCACUUAAAAAGGCACAGCAGGACCAUGAAGAAUUUAUAGAACAACAAAAGGAACAAAAAAAGAAACUGUACCAAAAAGUACAUAGACAACCUGGAACAGAAAAUUUACAUUACUCUCAUACAUCAGUUCCUAGAUAUAUUUAUCCGGAAGAAGUAGGUUUAUUUGAACAAGCAGUGAAACAGUAUUAUCAAGAACACCCAACAACUACAACCACAACAACGACAACAACUCCACCACCUACGACAACGAUAAAAUCAACGAAAAAAGACAAGACCACCUCUUUCCUUCCCACAGCUCUCCCCGCGGCCAGUAACAAAGUAAAAACGAUACAAUCUAUCGAAGACUUAGAUCAGCUACAGAAACAGUAUAAAUCGCAAAGAAUUCGUAAAGACGACUUACUUGAACAAUUAAGAUUAGCUAUCGGCAAAAAUACUGAAGAUGAAGAAAAAAAAAAUGUGUCCUCGAGAGAAAUUUCGUUAGCUAACGGUAAGACGAUUAAACUCAUCGAAGCAACAGAUCCGAAGGAUAUACCAAACGGAAAAGAAGAAGAAAUUAUUUUACCGAAUGGACAAAAAGUAACUGUCAUUCGAGCAGACAAUCCGAGCAUACCUGCGACUAAACCGGAAGAAAUAUCAUUACCCGAUGGCCAAACGUUGCAAGUUAUUAGAACAACUGAUCCGAAAGCUGUUCCGGGAGGAGACGCUGAUGCCCCGCAAGAAAUCACUCUGCCAAAUGGUCAAAAGGCACAACUGGUUAAAACAUCGAAUCCUAAGUCGAUUACUGCUGCUGCUUCUGCUCCCAAACCAAUUUACAAAGCAGAGGAAAUAACUUUGCCCAAUGGUGAGAAGGUGGAAGUUAUUAAAACAACAGACCCGAGCCUUGUCCCUGGUGGCGUAAAAAUAGAACCAGGAAGUGAAUUAGAAAAGUUGGUGUUAUCUAGAACAACGACGACUACGACAACGACUAUUAAACCACCAAAAGAAAUUUUAGAAGAACUUACGAAAGGGGUACCAGCUUCUAACUUCGAAUUAUUGAAAACAGGUGCUAGUGGUGGAUUUGAAUCGAUAGGAAAAAAUUUGCCUAACGAAAAAAAAGUAACAUUUGUUCUGUUGGAAGAACAGAGUGACGGUACAUUGAAAGUUCAAGGCAUUAAAGGCAAUGGGAAAGACAAACCUGAAGUGGAUAUCGAUUCCAUCUUAAAAAAACUUAAAGAUGGGCAAAUUAAAUUACCAGCUGCUCCUAAAUCUACAACAACUACAACAACUACCACAUCUACAACAACCACGAAGAGGCCUGAAGUUUCAACUGCAUACAGACCCCUUUCUUCGGUAACAUUUUCCCCUAACUCAUACCUGUCCGAAGAUGAACUAGAAAGUAAAUUUUCAUUCGUUCCAACGACAUCUUCAGUAUAUACCAAAGCUUCAACUUUGGACACAAGUGCGUUUACAUCAGAGGAUUCCAUUAACGUACCUAUUUUGAAAACUAGUUUUGGAACACAUACCCGAACAUUACCGACUUCCUCUUCUCUUUACACUAGGGACUACUUUACUACGAAGAGCACUACCUCGCCACCCAUUUCAACGUAUAAAAACGAAUACAACAAACCCACACGAAGGCCUUAUAUUCUGAAUUAUUCUCAAAACGAUUUGAUCAGGCAAGCUUCAACCGUCUCUUCUUUAAAUCAAAAUUCUCUCUCAUCGAAUAAUUUCAAUUCUGCAUCGACACAUCUACCUAAGCCUAGUUCUACAAGUUUUCCAUCAUCAGUGAGCAUAUAUCAAAAUGUUUCACCAACUCUACCGACACCGUCACACCGUCAAAAUAUCAAUCCGACCCAACAAACCUUCUCUCAACAAAAGACUAGAGUAUCAGUGGAAUUACCUGAAAUUUUGAAAAAGAAUGGCCUCUACGCCAUGGCUAAGUUUUUAAGGCAAUCUGGAUUAGACACCAUCCUAAAUGAAACAGGUCCGUACACCGUAUUUGUACCAACUGAUAAAGCAUUUAGAACACUAUUGGUACAACUUGGUGGGCCUGAAAAAGCUGAAGAAAAGUUCAAAGAAAAUCCCAGGUUACUUAGCGGGCUUCUACUUCAUCACGUAAUCCCCGGCGCCUUCACUAUAGGAUCUCUUCAAGACGAGAUGACAGGAGUUUCUUUGGCUGGAACGCAACUGCGUGUGAAUCAGUACAACAUGCACGACUUAGAGUGGAAUGAUGUAAAGGUAACUACCAUAAACGGAGCCAAGGUUCUAGAAGACAAAAAAGACAUAGAGAUACCCCAAGGUACAGCGCACGCUGUGGACAGAGUCAUGUUCCCUCUACCCGUGGGAGAUAUCGUGCAGACUCUUCAGUCUGAUAGGGAGCGAAGAUUUACAAGCUUUCUCCGAGCGAUUUUUGCCUCCGGGCUUGCCGAGACUUUGCAAGGUUCGAAGACGUUUACCCUGUUUGCACCAACAGACAAAGCUUUCGCGGGGCUCUCCACCGAAGACCUUAGUCGGACAGUUACAGACAAAAUCUUAGCGAGAGAAUUAGUUUUAAGACAUCUGUUACCAGGUACCCUCUACACGAAUGGGAUGAGGUAUUACCAGAUCAAAGACAGUCUGCUGCAAGAUAGACAGUUGACGUUUAGCAAACAGUCAGGAAAAGUUAAGGUGAACAACGUUCAAAUAGCAACUCAAAACAUACCAACAACGAAUGGAGUGAUACAUGCAAUAGACGCCGUCCUAUGAUUAAACAUUGAACCACCUUAAUUACUUACCUAUAGUUAGUCAUCUAUAGAUUGUUCAAUUUAUUGAUCAUUCAUUUCACUGUACACGUUUUAUACUCGGUUUUAUACAUACUAUGCUCUACUUUCAGUUUUUGUAAUAUAGUAUUUUGAUAAGGCUGAUUUUGUUAAAAUUAACAGUUUAUGUUUUGUGUCACAUUAAGUUUGUAUUGUACAUUAUAAUAUAUUUUAUU